AUCAUUAAAGAGAUUAGGGAGGGAAAGGAGAGGAAAAGGUUACCCGAGAGGCGUGAAUCGCAGGCGAAGAGAGAGAAAGAGUCCCAGAGAUCCCUCUCUGGUUCAACGGAGAAUUCAUAGAUCUCUCUCGCCACCAAUGGGUCUUUGGGAAGCUCUUCUCAAUUGGCUUCGAAGCCUCUUUUUCAAGCAGGAAAUGGAGCUUUCUUUGAUUGGGCUUCAGAAUGCUGGAAAAACUUCACUUGUAAAUGUUGUUGCUACUGGUGGAUAUAGUGAAGACAUGAUCCCUACGGUGGGAUUCAAUAUGAAGAAAGUAACUAAGGGGAAUGUUACAAUAAAGUUGUGGGAUCUUGGAGGUCAACCCAGGUUUCGUAGCAUGUGGGAGAGAUACUGUCGUGCAGUCUCCGCUAUUGUUUAUGUUGUUGAUGCUGCCGAUCAUGACAACCUCAGCAUCUCAAGAAGUGAACUUCAUGAUCUGCUAAGCAAACCAUCACUGAGUGGUAUUCCAUUGUUGGUGUUAGGCAACAAGAUCGACAAGCCUGGUGCUCUCUCUAAGGAGGCAUUGACUGAACAGAUGGGACUCCAAUCCAUCACUGAUAGAGAGGUAUGCUGCUAUAUGAUCUCAUGCAAAAACUCAACGAACAUCGAUUCAGUUAUUGAUUGGCUCAUCAAGCAUUCCAAGUCAAAGAGCUGAGGAAAGGUUCAUUUCUUGUGUUUUGGUUUUGGUUUUGGUUUUGGAUAUGCAUUUGCCAAAAUUUCUAUCAAACGGAUAUUCUUGGGUGGUGGUUGGUGAGAUGUGCUUGUCUUUUAUCUUGGUUGCUAAUUGUGUGUUGUCAGCAGUUUCAAGUUGCUAUGUAUUGUUGUUACUAUUGUAUAUUAAAUUAUUUGUCUAAUGGAGAUAGAAUUUGUAUGGGGGUUUCCAUGUUUUUGAUC